AACGUCAUGGGUUUUCCCCCGUAAGAGAAACUGGCUAAACCAGUUAAGUAGUGACAGAAUAAGGAAAAAGGUAAAUGCUUACUACGGAAGCAUUGAAACCAGUCAGGAUUGCUGCACAGAUACAGUGUGGAGACGUUGCCAGUGUCCACGAUGUCUGCAAUUAACACUGAAAAUCCACCUAAUAUCUAUGAGAGUUUAGAGGGCCAAGCUCCUUCAGCUGUUCCUUACUGGAAUACACCAGUUCCAACCUACCUGCAAAAUGUUCCUCAACAACCCCCUCCAUAUAAUGGUCUUCCUUCAACCCAGGUGUGGAAUGCGUCCACUGUGGUGCCACAAUGGAGAGUGGCUAAUGUAGUGACACCAAAUACAGAUCCUUCAUCUCCUUUUUAUCUAACAUUCCUGAAAAGCAAACCAAGAGCCUUGGGGAUUGUAUUGAUUGUUUCCUCCAUCUUGGAGAUUGGCUUGGGAAUUGGUUUGGGUUUCACAAGUUUGACCAUCACAUUACCAAGUGGUAUUCCUUUUUGGGGGACAAUUUUUUACAUUAUCGCAGGAGCUCUGACCAUUGCGGCUCAAUCUAAACCUAACGUCUGCUUGGUAAGAGGAUCCCUCUCCUUAAACAUCAUCAGUUCCAUCUUUAGUGGCAUUGCUAUAAUCCUAAAUUGUGUUGAUCUUGCAACCCUCCGCUGCUAUUACUAUUACUAUGGUAACUAUGGUUACUAUGACUAUCAAAAUGAGUACAGAAGAUGUCAACAACUACUUUCCGCUACUUACGCAUUGCAAUCUAUUCUUCUUGUGAUAAAUUUGCUGAUAUUCUGCAUAUCUUUAUCCGUCUCAAUUUUUGGAUGCCGUUCACUGUCCAAGAUAUCUUCAAAUAGCCCUCAGGUAUAUUUGAUCCAAAAUGAUCUUGUGGUAUCCAUGAAUCCUUCUACAGUUCCAGCCACAGGAUUUUCUCAGCCAUUUGCUCCAGCAAUUGCACCACCCCAACCACCAGCACAAUAUGUGUUCCAAGGAGUCAAAGCUGUACCAAUGUCAUAAUCAUAUAUUUAAAAAAAAGUUGAUGCCUGUUUUCCAGCACUCGGUUCUGACUCCCUACCAGACUCUCUGCACUGCAUUUCUGGUUGCCAUCUGUCAAAUUACGCAUAGAUGGGGUCAGCAGUGAUGUCCCCCCUAGUCAAAUGUGCUGCCUGGGGCUAUGUCACUUCUGAGACCAGUCAUUGGCUGCAGCUGCACAUGUGACCCUAUCCAUGCAGGCAAUUUAUAUGCAGAGACCAGAAAUGCAGUGCAGAGAGACCCAGAAUUAGAGAGCCAGAGCCGAGGGCGGAAGUAUGUUUAACUUUUUAGGUCCUGAUGACUGGGGGUG